UCUGAUCAUUCGCAGAAGCUCCACACAGUUGUGAAGAUGUACAAAUUGCUUGGUUUGAUUGCCUUGACAGCUUUGGCAGCCUUGCCAAUCGCUUGGAUCCAGGCAGACUGUGAUGUGUGCCAAACGAAUGGAGCCUCCUGCAUCAACCAGACCGCAUACAACUUGUGCUUCGGCGGCACUGAGCCGAAUACCAACCAGACCUUUGUCUGCACAGAUGGCCUGGUGUGCACGGACCAGCCCGUGAUCUGUUUCCAGAGGAGCGAAACUCCUGCCAGCUGUGGCGAUACGGAUAGCUGUGGCCAGUGUGCUCCCAAUUACACAUUCGCCUGCACCUCGCGCUCCACAUUCGCCUUCUGCUUUGGCGCCACAACGCCCACAAAUGUGACGGGAAGCUGCCCGGAUGGUUACUUCUGCGACGCAUCCACCCAGGAGAUCUGCGUCACCACGGCCACCGAUGACUCCAUCAUCUGCCACUUGACUUAA